AUGAAUAUACACGACUACCGCCUUAGAACCCUCCCAAGCCGAACAGCAGCAGCAGCAGCAGCAGCUGCUACUGCUGCAGCAGCAGCAGGGGGUCCUGAGGAGCCUUUACCUGCCAGGUUGUGCAAGAGGACCAGCAGCAACAAAUGCAGCAACGGCAGCUGCAGCAGCAGCAGAAGGAAGUCUCUCUCCCGUAGCAGCAGCAGGAUCAGGGGGUGCCUCUUAGUAGGUAGUACAAAGAGGCGUGGCAGACGCAGGAGCAGCUGCAGCAGCAGCCGCAGCAGCAGUCGCAGCAGCAGCAGCAGCAAGCAGCAGCAGGGAGACGGCAGCACCCGCAGCAGCAACGGCAGCACAUGCGACUGCAGCGACUUCUCCCCUUUCUCUGAAGGAUGCUUUGGCACCUGCCGCAGCAGCACCAGCAGCAUUUGCUGCUGCUGCUGCUGCCCCCAAGACAGCGCAAGCUGCAGCAGCUGCAGCUGCAGCAGCAGUAGCAGCAGCAGCAGCAGAAACAGCUGUUGCUGCUGCUACUGCAGGCAGCAGCAGCGGGUAGGCUUUGAACCUGCUGUUGGAGACACCGAUGCACCCGUGCUGCGGCUGCCCCCUAGCAAGCUCAGCAGUUGUGCAGCAGCAGCAGCAGCAAAGGGAGUACCACCACCACCAGCAGCAGCAGCAGCAGCAGAAGAGCAGGCAACAAUAACCCUUCCGAUUGUAUCGCGCUUGGGAAGUAGGAGAUUAACAGCAGCAGCAGCAACAGCAGCAGCAGCAGAAGCAGCAACAGUCCCAGCGGUGGAACCGUCACCAGUAGCCGCAGCGCGAACUCGCGCUGCAGCAAGCCGUUGUGCUGCUGCUACAGCAGCAGCAGCAGCAGCAAAUCCGGAACCGGUGGCAAAGCCUCCGGUUGCAGCAGCAGCGUCCUCAAGACAUCGACCUGCUGCUCCUGCUGCAGCAGAGGAUUUACCUCCACAGAAGAAGCGGCGGCGGCUGCAGCCGCAGCAGCAGCAGCAGCAGCCGCAGGCACCCGUGAUGCCACCGCUGCAGCAGCAGCAGCAGCAGCAGCGAGAUCGGGCCUCUUCCGACGUCGUCAGCUCCACAAGUUCUUCUUCCUCCACAGCCUCCGUGGUAGCAGCAACAGCAGCAGCAGCAACAGCAGCAGCAGGUCCUGCUGCUGCUGCUGCUGCUGCUGCAGUUUGUGGAGGAUGGAGGAGCCGCUGGAAGGCAGCAGCACAACCCCGGCAGGCACCAGGGCGUCCUUGGGGGGGAGCUGUAUAUAGGCACCCCUCUAGGCGUACUUCUGCUGCUGCUGCUGCUGCUGCUCCGGCUGCUGCUGGCGCUUCUGCUGCAGCUCCAUCUGCUGCUGCAGGUGCUACAGCAGCGCCUGUGGCAGCUGCUCCUGUUGCUGCUGGUUCCUGCUCCACGGCAGCGUCCGGCAGCAACAGCAGCAAAGAAGUUUCAACUGCAGCACCGGCAGCGUCUGCUGCUGCUGCUCCUGCUGGUGCUGCUGCUCGUGCUGCUGCUGCAGGGUUUUCGUGGGGCAGCACGUUGCUGGGUGUUCUUUCCUCUCGCGGCACAGGCCUUGGGUCUGUCUUGCUGCGCCCCACACGUCGUCUGUUUGGAUUACGCAGCAGCAGCAGCAGCAGCAGCAGCAGCAGCAGUGGGAGUACCACUAGUAGUAGCAGCAGCAGCAGCGGGAGUAACAGCAACAGCAGCUCGAGCAGCAGCGGCAACAGCAGCAGCAGCUCUAAUCCGGUUCAAGCUGGUCCUCAUGACAGCGCACCACAGCGUUCGCAAGGAGAAACCAGCAGCAGCAGCAGCAGCAGCAGCAGCAGCAGCAGCAGCAGCAGCAGCAGCAGCAGCAGCAGCAGCAGCAGUGGCAGUCGUAGCAGUGGCCCACGGAAGCAGCGUAUUCCCAGAGUUUCUCAUCGGAUGAGCAGCAGCACCGCUGCUGCUCCUCCAACAAGCAGCAGCAGCAACAGCAACGGCAGCAGCAACAGCAACGGCAGCAGCAACAGCAGCAGCAGCAGCAAGUUAUCUGUAUUAGAGAGAUCAGAAGUCCCUCGUCUGUAUAGACGUUUGCUGCGGCGGGUAGCAAGAGCAGCAGGCAGCUGCAGCGUGAGCAAGCCGUCGUUGCUGCUGCUGCUGCUGGAUGCAACAGACGGAUCUGCUGCUGCUGCUGCAGCUCUUGGAGGUACCUGCAGCAGCAGCAGCAGCAACACCAAGAAAAAAGCAAGACUAGGAGAAGUAGGGAGGCUGCUGCUGCUGCAGCAUGCAUGGCAGCGAGCUAAGACAGUCGCCAAUUGGCGACGCAUGCAGUUAGCUGGUGGCAUCGAGGGGCAGCAUUGCAGAAGCAGCAACAAUAGCAGCAACAGCAGCAACAAUAGUAGCAGCAGCAGCAGCAGCUAG